UGCACAUACAUACUGCUCUAUUAUUUAUAUAAACUGGCCACUGCUCCAAGCAUAUAACGUCAACCCUAGCUAAAGCGAAGUACUUCUGUGUAAAAGCCCUUCACCUUUUGCAAACUACGUGAAAGCAUAGUGCUUAUUACAAUGCAAGUUGCUCAGCUAUCCCUAGGCGGUGAUGUGCGCUUCAGCAGACUUUACCUACCUGAACGGCCAAGGGACCUCUAUCGACGCAUACGCACAGGCGCCCAGCAAACGCGCGGCUUAAAUGUGAAAGCAUCUCCCGAUGACAUUCUCAAUGCGUCCCAAGCAGCGCAAGCGGCGGAUGUCCUCCUACAGCACGGCCCACAGGCUUGGAACGCACCAACCGUGGGUCCGCCUGAAGGGGGACCGCAUGGCACACACCAGGAGAUACGUUGCACCCUGACAGGCCUAGACGGCGUAACUUGCAUGAUAGAGGAGGUACCUGACGAAGAAGUGGUUGAAACCAACACAUCAGCCAGCUCGUCGACUACUCCUGUUGAACCGGGGUUGUUGUCAACAUUGACAAGCGCAGCAAUCCUUAUAUCGCCAUUCUUCUUUUGGGGAACAUCUAUGGUCGCCAUGAAGAGUGUGGUUCCUCACACAACUCCACUCCUGCUUGGAGCUCUUCGGCUGCUGCCAGCGGGCGUGGCGCUGGUCGGAUGGGCCGCCGCGACUGGCCGUGCGCAGCCCGCCACCCUGAAGGCCUGGAGCUGGGUGUUGGCGUUUGCGUUGGUGGAUGCUGCAGCCUUCCAGGGUUUCCUUGCGGAGGGUCUGACCAGGACCAGCGCUGGCCUGGGCAGCGUCAUCAUCGACUCGCAGCCGCUGUCGGUCGCGCUGCUGGCAGCACUGCUGUUCGGCGAGCGCCUCAGCUCAGUGGGCGUGGCGGGCCUGCUGGUGGGGGUGGCGGGGCUGGCCCUGCUGGAGGCGCCGGAGGAGGGCCUGGUGGAGGCGGCGCAGCAGCUGCUGAGCGGCGCCUGGCGGCCGGAGCUGCUGCCGCCGGGCGGCCUGCAGGGGUUUGACGGUGCCGGGCUGCUGGGCAGCGGGGAGUUCUGGAUGCUGCUGGCGGCGCAGAGCAUGGCGGUUGGGACGGUGAUGGUGCGCUACGUCACACGCCAUUGCGACCCCAUCAUGGCCACCGGCUGGCACAUGAUUAUAGGAGGCGCCAUCCUGACUGCGCUCGCAGCGACCCAUGGGUCGGCGGAGCCAGCCACCGCAACCGCGCUUUCCUCCCCCUUAACAUCUCUGACCUCCCAGCUCUCACAUCUGACGCUGGAGGACGCCCUGUCCAUGUCGUACGUCUCCAUGAUGGGCGGGGCUCUGUCGUACGGCGUCUUCUUCUGGAACGCGAGCCACGGCUCCCUAACCGCGCUGAGCAGCCUGACCUUCCUGACGCCUGUGUUUGCCUCCGUUGCGGGUUACUUGGCUCUGGGAGAGGUGCUGAGUCCUGUUCAGCUGCUGGGUGGGGCGGUGACGCUGUCCGCCGUGUGGUGCAUCAACCACCAGCCGCAUGGGACGCAGACUGCGGAUGCGUCGAAGGCUGAGGGACGCGCGGGUGGGCAGUAGCGGCUGACUCUCAUGGAAUGAGCGUCGGCGGGAUCGGGGUUGCAGGGAAGCUGGGAGCCCAACUGCCCAAGGCCUCACGAGGGCGGUGAAAGCGAGCAUGUUUUUACGUCAUGAAUGAGAGUCGUGUUUGUUAAUGUUCUAUGCGUAUUAUCUGUCUGCGGCUAGCGGAGAGGUACCGGUAACCAGCGGCAUUGGAGCGAACCAGGAGAGGGUUGCGCAGACUGUCUACAUGGUGAGCGCCAUUAUUCAAAGAGCUGCUGAGCUGUUAUUUCGUGCUUUCGUCUUCAGAAUGGUGGAAGAGCCGAGAGCCCGUAUGCAUUGCCAAGUUGCUAUGUCGGAUGCCAGGACGAGCACCCAGGAUGUGACAAGGUGCUAGUAUGAAUGCAAUCAAGAGGUUAGGACAACGUCGUGGUCACUGUAGCGGCAGCCUCUGAGAGUCUUUGAGAGAGGAGCGUUGCAGUGCUCGUUGCAAGUGUUGGUUAAUGUUGUCGUCGUCGGCGCGGUUGGCCGGUAGUUGCUUGACAACAGCAGGAGAGUGCUCCUAGUAGCGUGCCCCUCUAGCUGCUCUUGGGAGAUAAGAGUUUGUGCGGUACGUGGUCAAAUUUUUUUCGUUUAUCGGUUACGUUCGUUGUACGUGUACGUUCAUUGUACGGUGUUAGGGUCAAGGUUUGUGGUUUGUGUCCUUGCCUGCUAGGUGUGCCCCCGAGUGACCUGAGAGAAUUGUUUGUUGGAGUGGCUUUUUGUUGGACCUAAGCCCAUGUUCAUAUGGAUGGGUUAUCACCCUCGAAGCUUCGACAGCGUGGCAGGCGGCCUAUACACCUCUUUAUCUUGCCAUAAGAGCACGUGGGUGCCUAUGUUGUUAGCACAGGGGAAGCACCUGCCAGAACGCUUACUUCGUACCCGUUGAAAUGGCAAUUUGUAAGUACACUCCGCAGACAUAC